CAGUGUUGAUCUUGUUAUGUUACCAUUGCCAAGCAGGAAAUCUUUUUUGACAGGUUCCUAAGUUAUCGUUAGUCUUCGAAAAUGUUUGGACAAGCUUACAACACAUACCCUGGGGGUGCACCUCCUCCCGGGUACCCACAGCCGACGAUGGGUAUGCCAAUGGGUUCGCCGCAGCCCCCUCCGCCCCAGGCGUACAGCUACUCCCAGCAGCACCUGAGCGCGUACCAGCAAUGGCAGCAGCCGAGUCAGUACUACGGCCAGUAUGGGACCUACAUCCAGUCUAACGUGUUCUCCGUGCAAGCGCACCAGGCUUUUCAGUAUAAUUCUGUGAACGACCUCCAACAGAUAUUUUACGCAGAAAUGCAGAAGAAUCCAGAGAAUACUCGGAGAAACGCAAUCCAAGCUGAAGACCUUGUUAAUAUCCUAAACAACACACCGUCCAUCAGAAACUAUUUCAGAAUUAACUGGAAUCGAGAGCUAUGCAGCAUCAUGAUAGCCAUGCUUGACCGAUCUAAGGACGGCUUUAUGCAAUGGGAGGAGUUCCUGGAGCUGCAGCAGUGCCUCGUGGCAUGGCACAACGUCUUCUGUCAGCACGACACCGACCGGUCCGGCUUCAUCGAGUCAUCAGAGCUCAUCAGAGUUAUCAUGUCAUUUGGCUACAAGAUCAGUCCGCAGACCCUGGAAACCAUUCUCAAGAGAUACUCGCGUGUCGUGGCUGGCGGCCGGUGUCUCAUUGCCUUUGACGACUUCGUGUCUCUGUGUGUCAGACUGAGAGCUUUCACAGAUGCUUUCCGCAGGCGGGAUAGUAUGGUAAAUGGAUGUGAAACGGGAAGAACCGUCUUUGAAUACGAUGAUUUCCUUCGGUGUGUGAUGUGUUUGUAGAAGCUGACAAAACAGACAGUGCAUAAGCUCGGCACCUACAGAUCAGUGUUGAUAUAGAAAUGUGGAUGUGUUCAACAGAUGGAGACAUGUGACAAGUGACAUCACUACCUCUUCAACUGUGAUUCUGUUUUCAUGAGAAACAACAAGAUCUGUUAGCUGGUCUGGGACUGUUUUUUUCUGCAUGGUUCCGCCAUUCAUUGUACAUAGUCAUCCAUUAUUUUAUCUUAUUAAUCAUGUAUCAGCUCUCUAACAAAAAGAGUGAAUUAUUGAACAUUUUAAAGAAUUCAAAAAAAAGAAGUCAUUUAUCAUAUUACUGAGGCUAUAGAGUUCAGUUGUAAGAACAGCAAUAUGCUAUUACUCUUCCUGAAAGUGAUAGAUCCUAGUUUUUAAACACUGAGGUGUUUUCUUCACUAUUAAAGCCAUUUUUGGUCAUUGAAAUUGGACAUUAAUUAUAUUUUCUUGUUUAAAAUAUCCAUUUCUAUACAUCCAAAGUGUUUAAGCUUAUCAAUGUGUUUGUAAUUUAUCACAAAAUGCAUUUUUCAUAUUUAACUCUGAGAAGUAAUGGUUAUGGAGACGGGCUCUAGUCUAUGUGUAGCGGGUAUUAACCCAUUUUCAGUGUCACAGAGUCUGUGCUUCACUCUCAGUGUAUCGUAACUUUAUUCUCGCUCGGGUAAUACAAUAAUCCUGACACUUGUUUCGUAAAAUCGGUACGACACACAAGCUUGUAUAAUAAUCUCUAUAUAGAGGCUAUCCUAAUGUUUCUGUCAUUGUAAUGUGUUUUCAACUAAUAGCGCCUUUUAUAACAACUAAUCAUUACAUAUAUUCGUAUAAUUAGUUAUGGGAAUCGGUUGGGAUUUCAUCAUCGAUCAUCGGUUAUAAUCGGUUGGCACCAACCGAUCAGCUUUUAAUCGGUUAGAAUUCCAUGACCAUAAGAAGGCUUUUAAUUAUAAGAACCAUGUACCUAUUGUCGUGUGUACCCUGCAAAUGGCUAAUUGUACUUUUAUUAACUAUUUAAUAUAAUGUUUCUUUAUGUACACAUGAAAACAAACCCAAACCACAGUAUAUAUCCAUCAGUUUUAUCAUCUGAACUGGAGGAACAGUUACAGUUAACAUUUUCCAACACAAUCGAUUUUGGAUUUUUGUAAUCGAUCGUAAGAGCCAAUCCGAUAAAUUGUCUAUUAUAAUUGAUCUUUGGAACACCACUACUUACAAUAUUAUUAAAUAUAUGUUUUUUGUGUAGAAUAUUAGUGUCUGCAUAUAUACACAUGUCUUUCUUGUAAUCCUAAUGUUCGUCACAGCUAAAACUGGAUUUUACGUUCAAAUAAUUGUGUAUGAAUGACGAAUAUACUGAUGAAAAAAAAAUGGAACACAUAAAUAUUGACUGCAACGAAAACCCUCAUCAACAGUAUGAGAAAGUUAACUGUUUUACUGACAUUCAGUCCCAUAUUACAUCUCUGUGUUUUAUACAGAUACAUCUACUCUAAUGGUCAAUUAAAUUUGGUCUCUAAUAUCAUCUGUUACAUGAUUGCUUUCUAUUAGUAGAUAUAUAUAUAUAUUUAUUAUAUAACAGCUAGCAUAUCCAGUAUAAUCAAAGUAUGUGAUUUUUUGCAGAUUACAUACUUUCAGAAUUUGAUAACUUUGAAAAGUAGAUGUAAAUUAAUGAAGGUUACAGCACUACGUUUAUUGACAUUUAAGCAAACGUACAUACAAAAGUGACAUUCCAUAACUGACCUAUGCAUUCAUAAUCAUCAAACAAAAACAUUUCAAUAGCAACUUUACACUGAAAGCUGUCCAGCAUUCAGAAAACAAAACGUUAAGCACUGGUUUAUUCUUAUGUAUGGACAUCUAAAAUGAUAUCAUUCGAGUUUGACGUCAUUUUCAUUCAAAAAUACACCAUGUCACCUAUAUGUCAUUUGAAUAUUGGGUAAUGGCUGACUGGAAUAAAAGUUGAGUGUACAAUUUACAAAAACUUAUUAAGCUUGAGAUUAUAUGAUAAAGAGAUAAGUACCCUUGUGUGUUUCGGUAUCGUCAAUAUCAUAUAUAGGAAUAAAAAUAAUGUAUUAUACAAUUAUUAUUCUUAAUAUAUGAUAUCGACGAUACCGGAAAAAACACUUUGGUAAUAACCUCUAUAUAUUAGAAAUUAAAAUUAAAUGUUUUUAUAUUGACCUUACCAUCCAAAAAGUUAUGGAAUAUUCAUUGAAGGCUGGGCCAAAACUGAUCACAUUUGGGGCAGGGGGUGGGGAGUAGAUUGGGAAUUAGGGGCAUCGACUGGAUGCACUGUAGUUAAUAUUUGAUGCUAGUGCUUAUUGGUGGAGCUGCUGCAAUUUUUAUCUUGAUGUAUAGUCCAUUAAUAUUUUAUUUUGUUUGUGGUGAGUAUACAAAUACAGCUGCCUCUGACCUCCCCCAUAUAAUAAUUUUGGAAUGGCCCUGACAAUCACUGUCACAAAGUGCACUUUUUAGUAGUCAUAGUAAAUAAAUCACUUUUCCUUGCAUUAAUGGUGGUAUUUGACUGUAAGAGUUCUCUCCCCUUGAUAAACAGCCAUUAGUCCUCAACCAUUCAAACAGGAGGGGACUUUAGAUUUUGUCUCCAUCCUUCUGUCUGUCAGUCUGUCUGUCCAUCUGUUACACAUUUAGUUUUACGAGCUUUUUUGCUCAAAAUAUUGAGCUGAAACUUGGUGUAUAGGUAUAUCAUGUAACAUUACACAUCACUUUAGCUUUCAUGGGGUUUAUUCAAGGGGCAUAACUCUGUCACAAAUGGGAUUUAUUCAAGUUUGGCAUAGUUAUGAACUAGGAGAUUUGUUGCUCCUGGUCUGGGGGGAAAGGGUGCACAUGUAUUGUUUUAGCAGUACUCUCACAAUGCUUGUUAACAGUUAUUAUGAUCUUAUUUGUUUGUUUGGAUUGUUUUCAUUGUUAUAUUUAAUUGUGGUGUUCUUGGCUAUAUUUUUAACCAUAACAUUUAUUGGAAUGUAUAUAAAUAUUUUCGAAAUAAUAUAAAUAUAUGAAGUGGAAUGUUUCGCUUUAUAAUAUUACACAAUAUACAUUGGAUAUGUGUAAUGUCCAUUUAUUUAUAAUUAUAUUCGUGUUUGUUUGUAUCUAUAUACCUUAAUAACCUAUAUUUAGAUUUCAUCUGACUGUUUCUCUCCAUCUGUGUUUGCACGUGCGUGUGUGUGUGUGCGCCCGCGUGCAUCUGACAUUUGACAAAUGCACUGCAUACUUUUGGACGUCGUCUUCUGUAAAUUGUUUUUUAAAUAAACAGUUUAAUCUCAGCUUUCAGUAGAGGCAA